UUUAAAUCAGUCAAUAUUGUUACCGACUCCGCUUGCAGUCCAAAGGAUGCAUUCAAUUUAAUAAUAAUAUAAUUAUCUGCUCACUACUCGAUUAAACUUCCAUUUGUGUUCCUUUGUGUAGUUAUAAACCUUUAAACACUUUUAUGUGAUAUGUGAACGUAAAAAGGUACCCAAAUCAUAGGAUACUGUGAGCAAAAUAAGUGACAAAUAUGAGAAUAACUCACAAAUUGAUUGUACUUAAAUGUGAAGUGAAAGUUGUAAGAUAAAAUAGUGCAGAAAGUUGCUAUAGCUAAAGUGUAUCAUCUCGUGCUAUAGUAAAUAAUACCCCAGUAGUGCGUUGCUCGACUCAUGCGCAUCAAGUCUCCAAUUUUCCAAUUCCCCACAUGAACAAUACACAAUGUUGUUCUCACUGUGACACAGUCCUACUGUGGAUACCCAAGGCAGUGCGUAUAGAACUUAAGUGUGAACAAGUUAAAAUGGAUGUGGAAAUAGGAAAGGAUGAUAUCAGUUCUGAAGAUGGAAGACUUGUGGUGUUUGGUGAUUUGUGCUCGGAUGUACGAUAUGGAUUUAAAGGCCGGUUCCCCUGGCGACGGAAGACCAGCUAUGAAGACCAGGUGAUCCUGAACGCGGCGUGCGGGGCGCUCCGGCCCGGCCGCCUCACCUUCAUACUGGGGCCUUCGGGCGCCGGGAAGACUACGCUUAUGACUAUACUGGCUGGCAGGAAAAAGACAGGCGUGUCCGGGUGCCUCCUCGGGGUGGGUCGCGAGGCGGUGCUGGUGUCUCAGCAGGCCACGCUGCUGGACGUGCUCACUGGAAGGGAGACCCUGCAAUUUGCGGCCGCCCUAAAGCUGCCGGACUUGUCUAGACGGGAUCGGCUUUAUGCGGUAGAGAACGUGUCGAGACAGCUGGGUAUACAGGAUGCUCUCAACACGAAGGCGGGCGACAUGUCGGGGGGGGAGAGGAAACGACUCAACAUCGCGUGUGAGCUUCUUACUGACCCCAUGGUCAUGCUGCUGGAUGAACCCACCAGCGGCCUAGACUCAGUCUCUUCCAUGUCAGUCAUCCGCGCCCUGCACUCCGUCGCUCGCGGCGGCCGCACGGUGGCCUGCGUCGUCCACCAACCAGCGUCCAAGCUGUACUCCUCGGCUGAUGACGUCAUCCUGCUGGCCAAUGGCAGGACGUUAUACGCUGGAGCGGUGGAAGACGCGCCGGCCACGUUCCAGAGGGCAGGGUUCCAUUGCCCCCAGUAUUAUAAUAUGGCGGAUUUUAUUCUAGAAGUGGCGAGCGGCGAGCACGCGGGCAACCUGGCGCUGCUGGAGAAUGAAGCCAGAAGCUACGCGCACGAGAUGAGGAAGAUCGCCCAUAACGAAGUCAGCGGGAACAAUGGGAAACUGAUAGUCCCAGUGCCGGAAGCGGAAGCGCUCCUACAGAGCCCGAAGGCGGCGGCGGCGGCGGCAGCGUACCCGGCGGGAGUGUGGUUACAGCUGCGAGCGCUGCUGUGGCGGUGCAGCGUGGGGUCGCUGCGGGAUGUUUACUUGUCGCAGGCCCGUCUCGCAUGCCACCUGCUGGUAGCCCUGCUUCUCGGCGCGCUCUACGCCGGAGCUGGCGAGGACGGAGCCCGGGUCACCACCAACACGUCGUGCCUGUUCUUCUUCCUGCUGUUCCUCUUCUUCUCUAACGCCAUGCCUACUAUACAGACUUUUCCAGCGGAAGCGAGCGUGGUGGUGCAGGAGCAUCUGAACAGGUGGUACUCCCUCACUGCCUACUGCAUAUCCAAGAUUGUUUCUGAUCUGCCACUCCAGCUCCUUUGCGCCACAAUAUUCAUGGUCCCCGCCUGGGUGCUGACGUCACAGCCGUUUGAGCUCCACCGCAUGGCUCUGAUGUGGGCGGUGUCGAUCCUCAUCACGAUCCUGGCGCAGACCUCGGGCCUGGUGGUCGGAGCUGCUUGCGGGGUCAAGCUCGGUCUAUUCGUGGUGCCAGCGGCCAACAUCCCAAUGCUGAUGUUCUCGGAAUUCUUCAUCCCAUACAACGAAAUGCCAGUCUACCUCCGACCACUAGCCCACAUCUCUUACUUCCGCUACGCUUUCGACGCCGCCAUACAAACUGUGUAUGGCUUUAACCGAGAGACGCUACCGUGUUACCAACCGUAUUGCAUGUUCAAGCACCCAGAUAAAUUUCUGAAGCAUCUGGGUUUAAACACGCAAUUUCAGACGGAUAUUUAUGCUUUAUGUAUAUGGAUAGUACUGCUGCAGUUUGCUCUGAUGUGUGUGCUGACUUUCAGAAUACACAGGGCGUGUCGAUAAUACGGUGUUUUGUAUAUUGAGUUACAACAUCAAGUUGAUUUAUAUAAUUAAUUGCAAGUAUAGUAAAUUAAUUGUAAAAUAAAAUGACAAGCUUGUUUCUGUGAUACAGUGAAAUUAAUUAUAAUUAGUUAUUGCGAAUAAGCGAGUGACAAUACAAAUAAUAGUCUUUUUUACACAUCGUAUAACUAGCAGUAGGUACAUUUUAAUACGAAAAUAUCAUGACA